AUGGCUCCUCUUAAAGUUGGUGAUAGUUUGCCGCAGGGUGUGCAGUUCGAAUGGGCACCCAUCACCGACUCGGACCCCACCGUCUGCGGCCGCCCGCAACCCUACGAUGCCUCCAAGGAAUGGGCCGACAAGAAAGUCGUCCUCUUCUCCGUCCCAGGAGCCUUCACGCCCGGCUGCCAGGCCUACCACCUGCCUCCAUAUAUCCAGAAGCUGGCCGAGUUCAAGAAGAAGGGCGUCGAUAUCGUGGCCGUGAUUGCGAGCAAUGAUGCGUGGGUCAUGAAUGCCUGGGGAAAGGUUAAUGGGGUUAAGGGGGAUGAUAUUCUGUUUCUGAGCGAUACCAAGACUUUCUUCAGCAGGGACUAUGGAUGGCCGGCGGGAAUGGGUGAUAGGAACGGCCGCUGGGCCAUGGUCUUUGACCACGGCAAGGUCGUCUACGCCGAAAACGAGAAGUCCCCCGGCGAGGUCACCGUCUCCGGCGCCGAUGCCGUGCUGGCGAAGCUGUAA